GAGACAAGAAGGUGGGCGUGGGGGUGGGAACACUCAGGAAUGAUGCUGCUGGAGGAAGCCAGCAAAGCAGCGAGCAAAGGAAACCGAAGGAGAAAAACCGAAGAACAACUGAAGAAGAAAGCGUUUUAGUAAGUAGAUUGCGGGGAGCAGGCGGUCUGCAGACCGCAGGGCUGCUUUCUCUGCUAUCAAAUUAUCAGCAAAAUAGAGUAGUAAAUGGUAAUGACGACAGUUGCAGCAGUUGGAGGGCGUCGAGCGAUGGUGCAGAGGUCUCUGUCUCUCAAGACAGCGCCCACCGCCUCUACGCUCCUUCACCAAAUGAUAGCUUCCAACUCCCCAAAAGACGUUGCAAAGGUGGUGCUUAAGAAGGGCAAGACUCAACUCUUUCGUGAUGGUUGUCCAAUGGUUUACAGUGGUGCAGUUGAUCGAAUUAUUGGCAGGCCACCGCCCAAGACUGGGGACGUUGUCCUAGUCGCGGAUGGCACCGAGAAACCAAUUGGUUGGGGCUUCUAUAAUUCAGCUUCCAUGUUCUGUGUUCGCCUCAUGCAACUCGAGGAAGAAGCCUCCAGAGACCCUGGUUGUGCAUUGAACGUGGAGAAACUACUUGACACGAGAAUUUGUGCUGCUGUUGAACUGCGAAAGAGCUUAGGUCUUCCAUCAGCUCAUACAAAUGCAUACCGUCUCAUCAACAGUGAAGGAGAUAGAUUGUCGGGCCUUAUCAUUGAUGUUUUUGGAGAUUUAGCUGUUAUAGCGUCAUCCGCUGCUUGGGUUGAGAAGUACAAGCACUAUAUACAAGCUUGCAUCAUUAGAUCAACUAAGAUCAACCACAUAAGCUGGAGACCAUCCCUUGAGUAUUUGAAGGAAGAGGGGUUGAGUUUAUCUGAUUUGACAGAAGGUGGUUUAUCUGCACCUCCUGAGAGGAUUGAGGUUUUGGAGAAUGGCAUAUCUUAUUUAAUCUCCUUGAAUGGACAGAAGACCGGUUUCUAUGCUGAUCAGCGUGAAAACCGUCAAUUUUUAUCAACAAUCUCAGAGGGCCAACAAGUUCUUGACAUUUGUUGCUAUACUGGAGGUUUUGCUCUGAAUGCAGCAGCUGGUGGUGCUCUGAAUGUUACUGGGGUUGACACAUCCUUGCCUGCAUUGGAACUUGCAAAGAAAAACAUAAUUCUAAAUGACAUGAAUCCUGCAAGAAUAUCAUUUCUGAAGCAAGAUGCAACAGAAUUUAUGAAGGAUGCUUUAUCUAGAAAUGAUUCAUGGGAUAUAGUUAUCUUGGAUCCACCUAAGUUGGCACCUCGUAGAAAGGUUCUUCAUAGUGCAUCUGGCAUGUAUAGAAAUUUGAACUCCUUGGCUAUGAGAUUAACGAAAGAGAAUGGUCUUCUUAUGACUUGUUCAUGUUCUGGAGCAAUGACUCAGAGUGGGAUGUUUCUGCGUGUUCUCCAGGGUGCUGCAGCCAUGGCUGGAAGGAAAAUCACUGUUCUACGGCAGGCAGGAGCAGCUUCUGACCAUCCCAUUGACCCGUCCUAUCCAGAGGGGGCAUACCUCUCUAACAUCUUGCUGAGAGUGGAGUGAGUGAUGAAAGUCAGAUUAUGGAGCUGCAUAUCAUGAAUAUGCCGUUUUGCAAAAGGCUGGAUGGUAAUUGAAGGUAAGUUCUUUGGGAGGCCAGAAUGGAGAGGGCAUAGUAGUUAAUCUGAUGCUACUCAACCAAACACAAAAUCCUUCUUGGAUUGUUUUAC